AUGUCUGUCUUCUCGCUCAUCAAGAGAUCCAGGCAACAAGCCAAGGAGCACAAGCAAAAGCAGGCAGAAAAGACAGCCGAACCCCCGAAGGAACCGUACCGACACGUCCCUACUCACGCCGCCAUUGACGCACUUUCCGGGGCACCAUCGUCUUUCAAGCAUGAGGACCGACCCAAGAUUAUGGAACAGAACCGGAGGAGGAGUGCCAUGGCUACCAGCGGAUUGACCAGAACGCCUGGUCCUGGUCUGCCUCGCGUUUCGAGCAGUCUUUCUCACGUCAGCUACCCUUCCGUCAAUGCCAGCCCGAUGGGCAACAUGCCCAGGGCAUACAGCUAUAGCGGUGUUCCUCCUCCGGCACCAUACUGGCAGGAGCGCAACAAGAGCUCCGUGUACUCCGUUCCCGAUGGCAGCCGCAUCUCGCUCAAGGGCAAGGAGGUGGAUCGAUCUUGGUCCUCGGGGCGUAACAGCCCGUCUCCUGUCAAGGGUAGGUUCACUCUGAGCAAUGGCAUCGUCAGCUUCACCGCCGCAAAGUCCCCCUCCGGUAGCUCCAGUCAUUCGACCAGCUCAGAGGAGGACUUGGAGAUGAAGCCCAUUCGCCAUCAGUCUGUGCCAGCUGCGCGUCGAAACCCUGCCGCUGUUGCUCAUGCUCACCGACUCCACCCGAGCUCUCGUCGUGCAUCAGAUGCAUCUGAGCGAGGCGACGGCUCGCCCAAGGCUGAAAAGUCAUCAGCGUCGACAGACAGAGCCAAACCACCAACAUCGAUGCGUGGCUUCAAUGCCAUCCCGACAAUAGCGUCUCUGCCGCCAAUGCAGCUUGGCAACUCUUUCUCAGGCCAGCAGAACACGGUCGCCUCCUCCGCCGCCUCGAUCACUAGCGUCCGCUCUUCGUCGGGCUUGUCGUCCUUCAAUUUCAACAACAAUGCACCUUUCUCAGCCCCCAUGUCUGGCCGAUCAUCGGCUGCCACCACACCGGCAGCGUGCGUGACACCCGAGCCAGUUUGGGAGUCUGUCGAGGAAGAGGAAAGCGGUUCGUACACAUACGCCCCGGCGCCUGCUUCCGCCGUCGCAGCCGCCCCCUCUGCGAUGAAGCAGAAGGAUCGCAGAAGCACGUCAAAAUCCAAAGUCACCCGCUUCACCGAGUUGGAGACGAUCGACUCCCAUACGGACAAGCCGGCCAACGCCCCGUACGAGGACCUCCGCCGCGACAGCGUUCCGCCACAGGUCUCCAACGACGCCAUCAACAAGGCCAUUGCGGUCGAGAUGGUGACCGUCACGCCCGCCGAAGUCGUCUCGUCGAACAAGUCCGGAAAGCGCCUCUCGAAGCAGGUUGGUUCUAAGCUGAUGAAGAAGAGCCGCUGGUCAACAAAGAGCUCCGCCGUUGCGGUCUAA